CCCGCGACUGACUCUAAACUCGUGAACAGGGUAGUGUCGCUCGACGGCGUCACGCACGAUGCUGCCCUCGCUGGGAGGUCGUUCCCUGGACCUCUCCUCAGGGGUGACAUAGGAGAUCAUUUCCAGAUCAACGGGAUGGACGAGCUUUGCAAUGAGAGUAUGGCGACCGCUCUGAGCAUUCAUUCGCACGGUCUGCUCCUGCACACGGCGAAUCGUGCGGUCGGUGCGGCAUUUGUGACCUAUGGAAUCUGGGAACUCGUUCUUGCACGACUGUAA